AUCCCUUCUCUAACCUGGAAAAGGAAAUGACCACGUAUGCAUAUUAUUACAGUGGAGUGGGUGCUGGGGUGCUCAUUGCUGCCUACAUUCAAGUUUCAUUUUGGACCUUAGCUGCUGGACGACAAAUUAAGAAAAUUAGACAAAACUUUUUCCAUUCAAUAAUGCGCCAGGAAAUCGGUUGGUUUGAUGUCCAUGACGUUGGGGAGCUGAACACUCGACUCACUGAUGAUGUCUCCAAAAUUAACGAUGGAAUUGGAGACAAAAUUGGAAUGCUCUUUCAAGCACUAGCAACAUUCUUCACAGGUUUUAUAGUUGGAUUUACAAGAGGCUGGAAGCUAACACUUGUGAUUCUGGCUGUUAGUCCUGUCCUAGGCCUGUCAGCUGCCCUCUGGGCAAAGAUACUGUCAUCCUUUACUGAUAGAGAACUUUUAGCAUAUGCAAAAGCUGGAGCAGUAGCUGAAGAGGUCCUAGCAGCAAUUAGAACUGUAAUUGCUUUUGGAGGACAAAAGAAAGAGCUUGAAAGGUACAACAAAAAUUUAGAAGAAGCUAAAAAUAUUGGGAUAAAGAAAGCUAUUACAGCCAACAUUUCAAUAGGGGCUGCCUUCCUACUGAUUUAUGCCUCAUAUGCAUUGGCAUUCUGGUAUGGAACCACUUUGAUUCUCUCUGAAGAAUACACUAUUGGAAAUGUACUCACUGUCUUCUUUUCUGUAUUAAUUGGAGCCUUCAGUAUUGGACAGGCAUCACCAAGCAUUGAAGCUUUUGCUAAUGCAAGAGGUGCAGCCUAUGAAGUUUUCAAGAUCAUUGAUAAUAAUCCAGCUAUUGAUAGCUAUUCAGAGAGUGGCCACAAACCAGAUAAUAUUAAAGGAAACCUGGAGUUCAAAAAUGUUCAUUUCACUUACCCAUCUCGGAAAGAGGUUAAGAUUUUGAAGGGCCUCAGUCUCAAGGUUAACAGUGGACAAACCGUAGCCUUGGUUGGUAACAGUGGCUGUGGGAAAAGUACAACCGUUCAGUUGAUACAGAGAUUAUAUGAUCCCACAGAGGGUAUGGUAACCAUUGAUGGACAAGAUAUCCGGACCCUAAAUGUAAGGUAUCUGAGGGAAAUUACUGGGGUUGUGAGUCAAGAGCCAGUACUCUUUGCAACCACAAUUGCUGAAAAUAUUCGCUAUGGCCGUCAAGAUGUCACCAUGGAAGAGAUUGAGAAAGCUGUCAAAGAGGCCAAUGCCUAUGACUUUAUCAUGAAACUUCCUUAUAAAUUUGACACUCUGGUUGGAGAAAGAGGAGCUCAGUUGAGUGGAGGGCAGAAGCAGAGAAUAGCAAUCGCUCGAGCUUUGGUUCGGAAUCCCAAGAUUCUUCUGCUUGAUGAAGCAACAUCAGCCUUAGACACUGAAAGUGAAGCAGUUGUACAGGUGGCGUUGGAUAAGGCAAGAGAGGGUCGUACCACUAUUGUGAUAGCCCAUCGUUUGUCUACAGUCCGUAAUGCAGAUGUCAUAGCUGGUUUCGAGGAUGGAGUUAUUGUGGAGCAAGGAAAUCACAAUGAAUUAAUGAAGCAGAAAGGAGUUUACUUCAAACUUGUAACCAUGCAGACAGGAGGAAAUCAGAUUGAAUUGGAGGAUGCUACUUAUGAACUGAUAGAAGAAAUAAGUGCCUCAGAACCAGUUACAAAAGGUUCAGGAUCCAGUAUCCGAAGAAGACGGUCAACUCGCUCAAGUAUCAAGAAGCCACAGGCAUCAGAGAAAAAAGUUACUGGAGAGGAGAAGAAGCUUGAUGAAAAUGUGCCUCCAGUUUCUUUUUUCAGAAUUUUGAAGAUGAAUAAGACAGAAUGGCCUUAUUUUGUGGUUGGCACUUUUUGUGCCAUUGUCAAUGGAGUUCUACAACCAGCAUUUUCUAUAAUAUUUUCCAGGAUUAUUGGGGUCUUUGUAAAACCAGAAGAUCCUGAAACAAAAAGGCGUAAUAGUGAUCUGUUUUCACUGUUGUUUCUAGUAGUAGGAAUUAUUUCUUUCAUUACUUUUUUCCUUCAGGGCUUCACAUUUGGCAAAGCUGGAGAGAUCCUUACAAAGAAGCUCCGCUAUCAGGCCUUUAAAUCAAUGCUGAGACAGGACGUAAGCUGGUUUGAUGAUCCUAAAAAUAGCACUGGUGCUCUGACCACAAGACUUGCCACUGAUGCCUCCCAAGUCAAGGGGGCCACUGGUGCCAGAUUGGCUAUUAUUGCCCAGAAUAUAGCCAACCUUGGGACAGGAAUUGUCAUCUCAUUGAUCUAUGGCUGGCAGUUAACACUUCUGCUCUUAGCAAUUGUGCCUAUCAUUGCAGUGGCAGGAGUAAUUGAAAUGAAAAUGUUGUCUGGACACGCCCAGAAAGAUAAGAAAGAAUUAGAGGGUGCUGGCAAGAUCGCUACUGAAGCAAUAGAAAAUUUCCGAACUGUUGUUUCUCUGACGCAGGAGAAAAAGUUUGAGACUAUGUACCAGCAGAGCUUACAGGGCCCAUACAGAAAUUCUAUGAAGAAAGCACAUAUCUUCGGCAUCACUUUUUCUGUCACCCAAGCAAUAAUGUAUUUUUCCUAUGCUGCUUGUUUCCGGUUUGGUGCCUACUUGGUGGCAAAUAGACAUAUGGAUUUUCAAGAUGUGCUCUUGGUAUUUUCAGCCAUCGUAUUUGGUGCCAUGGCAGUGGGACAGACAAGUUCAUUUGCACCAGAUUAUGCCAAAGCCAAAAUAUCAGCAGCCCAUGUCAUCCAUCUCAUAGAAAAAAAACCCUUGAUAGACAGCUACAGUGAAGAGGGACAAAAGCCGGACAAGUUUGAAGGGAAUGUGUCAUUUAAUGAAGUUGUGUUCAACUACCCUACCCGGCCUGACGUCCCCGUGCUUCAAGGCCUGAGCGUGGAGGUGAAGAAGGGUCAGACACUGGCUCUCGUGGGCAGCAGUGGUUGUGGGAAGAGUACUGUAGUGCAACUCCUUGAGAGAUUCUAUGAUCCCCUGGGUGGAAAAGUGGUAAGUGUGCUUGUUGAUGAAUUGUACUUUUGCUUUCAGACAGUUGAUGACAGAGAUGUCAAAGCACUCAAUGUGCAGUGGCUCCGGGCUCAGCUUGGCAUCGUGUCCCAGGAGCCCAUCUUGUUUGACUGCAGCAUUGCUGAGAACAUCGCCUAUGGAAACAACAGCCGGGUGGUGUCACAGGAGGAGAUCGAGAAUGCGGCCAAGGCUGCCAAUAUACAUCCUUUCAUAGAAACACUACCCAAAAAAUAUGAAACCAGAGUGGGAGACAAAGGGACUCAGCUCUCAGGGGGUCAGAAACAGCGCAUCGCUAUUGCUCGAGCCCUCAUCAGACAUCCUCAGAUCCUGCUGUUGGAUGAAGCAACAUCAGCCCUGGAUACAGAAAGUGAAAAGGUUGUCCAAGAAGCCCUGGACAAGGCCAGAGAAGGUCGCACGUGUAUUGUGAUCGCCCACCGGCUCUCCACGAUCCAGAAUGCUGACCUCAUUGUGGUAUUCCAGAAUGGCAAGGUCAAGGAACAAGGGACACACCAACAACUACUGGCUCAGAAAGGAAUCUAUUUUUCACUGGUCAAUGUUCAGACUGGGGCAAAGCGCAUGUGAACUCUUUUUACUCACUGUACAUUUCAUAAGUUAAAGGUUUCCUGUAUUUUGUGUUUUAAAAUGGAAUCAUAGCCAUAAGACCUUGCUUUGAGUAUGAAAAAGCAAGUGCCCUUGGUUGUCUCAUCUUUUUUUUUUAUCAGCUCCUGCUACAACUGGAUGUCUGCCCAUAGAAUUCAGUGUCUCCAGAAGAGAAGGAAUAGUAUAUUAGGAAGAUAUAUCAGUGUCUCAUGGGUUAUGAUAUUUCUGGAGGUAUUGAGGCUAGAUUUUUUUUAAAAAAUGUCUAAGCAAUUGCAUUGUUACUUCUAUUUUCCCUCAGAAAGUAGCUGACAUUCAUUGCUUUAAAAGAAAAAAAAAUAAAGAUGCUGUGACCAAAAGGGGGGAAAACAACUCCUAAAGUAACUUAAUAAAAUGUAAGAGCUGGUAAUAAAAAAUGAACAUUUGUAGAAUUAGCAUAAUAUUGUCCAAACAUACACUGGAUAUACCACUUCCCAGUCAAAAUACUAUAGAUUUCUAUUGUGAGGUAGUUGACUUAAAAUAAUGGAGUUCUACUCUGCCUUUUUCUCAUACUGAGACCCACAGAGUUAUACAUCCUUGUUCACUCUUAUACUCAACCCUGUUGCUUGUUAUUUUUCAACUUCUAUUAUUGUGGCCAAAUAAGUGACAAUGGAAAACCAAAGCAAGAUUCAUUGAUUUGUUUGGGGCUAGGACAGAAAUGGUGAAUCAGAAGAUUGAACCUUCCUUUGGUGUAUUUUUAAUAUUUUGAGUUGUUGCUGCAAAGUGUUAUUAAAGAAUACUAUUAUUUUUGCACUUUGAAAAA